AUAACAAAAUCACAGAUAAAGAGAAACCCCAGAAAUCAAACCCUAAAACUCAAUUUUCAUCAAAAUCUCCCUAACUAGAAGGCGUGUUUGAUCUUCAAUCUGAUGGGAAAGGGCGAUGGUAAUCAGCAGCUGGUCGCGGCGAAGAGGGCGUACCAGCACGCCAAAGCGGAGGGCAACCGCCAGGAGGAGGCAAGGUGGGCGAAUGUGAUAGGCGACAUCCUCAAGAACCGAGGAGAGUACAUCAAGGCACUAAGGUGGCUCCGCAUCGACUAUGACAUCUCUAUUAAGUACUUGCCAGAGAAGCAACUGCUCCCUUCAUGUCAGUCGCUCGGUGAAGUCUAUCUCCGCCUUCAGGAUUACGAACACGCCUUGGUUUAUCAGAAAAAACAUUUAGAUCUUGCUAAGGAUGAAAAUAAUCUUAUUGAACAACAAAGGGCAACUACUCAACUAGGGAGAACAUACCAUGAAAUGUUCUUAAAGUCUGAUGAUGACCAUUGCUCGCUGAAAAAUGCUAAGAAGUAUUUCAAGUUGGCAAUGGAACUUGCUCAAACACUGAAGCACAGUCAGUUAUCUGAAAGGUUUUCAUUUGUAAAGGAGUACAUUGAUGCACAUAAUAAUCUAGGAAUGCUUGAAAUGGAUCUUGAUAACUUGGAGGAAGCCAAAAAAUUUCUUUUGAAGGGACUAGAGAUCUGUGAUGAGGAAGAGUUGAGUGAGAAUGAUGAUGGGCGAAGUAGGCUUCACCAUAACCUUGGAAAUGUUUACACAGAACUAAGGAAAUGGGACAAAGCAAGAGAGCAUAUUCGGAAGGAUAUUGUAAUCUGUAACAAAAUUGGACACUGCCAAGGGGAGGCUAAGGGAUAUAUAAAUCUUGGCGAGCUGCAUUACAGGGUUCAAAGGUAUGAUGAGGCUAUGACUUGUUACAACAAGGCUCUUCAAUUAGCUAAGUCAAUGGAAGAUGAGGAUGCUCUGAUUGAUCAAAUAAAUCAAAACAUGCAAACAGUAAGGGAAGCACUCAAGGUAAGGGCUGAAAUGGAAAAAGAAGAACAGGUUCUAAAGAAGAUGGUAAGGAAAAUGGAAAUGGCGAGAGGGACCGAUGGUGAGAGAAAGUGCUUACUGCAACAAUAUUCAUCUCUUGAUCAUCUCAUUGAGAAAGCCAGCAUUAUCUUUGCUUGGAUGAAAUAUCAUGCAUAUGCCAAGAAAAAAAAGAAAAUAGCAAGCCAGCUGUAUGACACAGAGAAGUUGGGUGAUUCGUUUCUUGCCAUUGGAGAGUCAUAUCAUAAGCUCCGGAAGUUUGAUAAGGCUCUGAAAUGGUACACAAAGAGCUUGGAAAAAUACAAGUUAAUUGGCAACCUGGAGGGACAAGCACUGGCAAAAAUCAGCAUUGGAAAUACUUUUGAUUCUAAAGGUGACUGGGCAUCUGCUUUGGCUGCUUACAAAGAGGGUUAUAGUAUUUCUGUUAAAGCAAACAAGCCUGCUACUCAGUUGGCUGCUCUAGAAAACAUGCACUAUAGCCAAAUGAUCAGAUUUGAUAAUGUUGAAGAAGCCAGGCUCAAACAAAUAUGGAGUUGUCUACGACUCUACAUUAUGAUAAAGAUGUUCACAUGCAGGAGGCUACAGUUGUCAAUUGACAAAUUAAAGCAGUCACAAAGCAAAGAUCUUGGAGUGCCAGAUCUUGCAGGGGACUUGUGUUCUGAAACUGAAACAGAUGCUGACCAGUCACCUGAUGGUGAGUCAGAUAUGAGUUUUUCACCAACAAAAAGUGAAUUUGGUGAUCAAAAAUCAGAAUUUCAUGCCACUGCUGAUCAUUCAUAUGAAAAUUUACCCUUGACAUCAUUGCUUGAUCCUAAUAAAAAGCUUGCUAAGCUGAAACCUACUAGUGUAGCCCGUACCAAGCCACCUGAAUGUUCACCUAGAAGCUUAUCCAAAUCAAGUAGUAGUCAGACAGAGACAAUCAGUCGUAAACGUACCCGCAUUAUUCUUUCUGAUGAUGAAGAUGAAAAUGAUGAGGUUCAUUGCUCUGGAGGGAUUGUCAAUCCAGGUGCUGAAGAUAAUCAUGCUUUUUCCUCCCAUGAUAUGUUCCACAAGUUUGCUGUUGAAGAUGUUGCAACAUCAGAUGAUUUUAAAAUUGGGAAAAAGCAGUGUAAUCACACUCAUGAGGUCCAAGUGGAUGCCUCACCAGUAGCCUCAAAAUGUAAAAUCAGUGCUUGUGCAGCUAUCAACUUUGAAGAAAGCACCUGUUCUGAAAAAUCCAGAACUUCAAGAUUAGAUCCAAAGGAUAAAAAAGAUAUCAGAUUUUCAAGUCCACACAGAGCUGUUGAAAAUUCCAAUUUUAGUGCCAAUGGCAAAGCACUACAUGCUAGUAAUGUUUGUGGUGAUGAGCAUUGUAAACAUAUUCUUGUUAAAAUUGGUGAAGACUAUAUCCAUAUAGAACAAGACUCGUGUAUUGUUGGUUCUGAUCUCAGCAUAGAACAGAUGAAGAUUGAAGUGGCAUGUAUGUACUACUUACAACUGCCUGCUGAGAAGAGAUCAAAAGGCCUAGUUCCAGUUAUUCAACAUGUGAAAUAUGAAGGGAGGAUUCUGGAAUCCUUUGAGGCAAUUGAUAUUCUAGAUGAUCACAUCAACAGAAAAAGCUGCAUUGAAGUUUCACUUGGUGUUUGGGUACCUAAGCCUUUGGUGAAACUUUAUACUGAUUGCUGUAAGGAGUUAUCUGAGUCACCCAACAUGAAAGUUCUCAAGAAAUUGUAUAAUCAAGAGGUGUCAGAGGAUGAGAUAGUUGUAUCUGGCUGUGAAUUGCAAGAUAUAUCAGUGGCGCCGUUAGUGAAUGCUUUAAAUAAGCACCAGACAGUUGCUUCUCUAGACCUUUCGCACAAUCUGUUAGGCAAUGGAACAAUGGAGAAGCUUAAAAAAGUAUUUACCUCAUCACAUCAAAGUUAUGGUGGUCUGGCCUUGGAUUUGCAUUGCAAUCGAUUUGGUCCAACUGCUUUAUUUCAGGUAUGCGAGUGUCAUGUACUCUAUAGUCGGCUGGAAGUGCUUAAUAUCUCCAGGAACCGUUUGACUGAUGCAUGUGCAUGUUACCUUUCAACCAUCUUGCAAAAGUGCAAAGCUCUUUAUAGUUUAAACAUAGAACAAUGUUCCAUCACAUCAAGAACAGUUCAAAAGGUUGCUGAUUCACUGGAUUCAGGAUCUGCACUCACGCAUCUUUGUUUAGGAUACAACCAUCCAGUGUCUGGAAAUGCGAUGAUUAAUGUCUUGGCCAAGCUUGCUAAUUUGAACAAUUUUCAAGAACUUAAUUUGAGCGGAGUAAAGUUGAGCAAGCCUGUGGUGGAUAAGCUCUGUGAGCUUGUUAAGAAUACUAGCUUGUCAGACUUGAUACUUGGAAGUACAAGUAUUGGAAAUGAUGGGGCACUCAAGAUUCUUGAAUCAUUCUCGGAGAAGACUCGAGAAACAGGGACACUUGACCUCUCAUCUUGUGGAUUAACUUCUGUCUACAUUGCAAGAUUCAAUAUUGAAGUUUCUCUCAUGAGUUCUAUUCUUGAGCUGAAUCUUGGAGGAAAUCCCAUAAUGGAAGAGGGUGGUAAUGAAUUGGCAUCAUUGCUUAGCAAUCCUCAAUGUUGCUUAAGAGUUUUGAUACUGUGCAAAUGCCAACUUGGGCUUGUUAACAUACUCGGGAUACUUAAAGGACUAUCAGAAAACUGCCAUUUGGAAGAGCUCAAUCUUGCUGAAAAUGCACAUUUUGAUGAAAUCCAUACAUAUACCAAUCGCUUGAAAUCCAAAUCUGAGCCACCUAUACAUCACAAGGUCGAAGCUUCUGAGCAAGAGAUAUGCACAGUGAACAUGGAUUAUAGUCAACUUGAAGUUGCUGACAGUGAAGAUGAUGCAGAAGAGGGUGCUUCAAUUUAUAAGCUAACCGGGACAACUACUCAGGAUCCUUCCAACUCAGAGUGGGAGUUGAUUGAAGAGCUUUCGACGGCUAUCAAAAUGGCAAAACAUCUGCAACAGUUGGAUCUUAGUAGUAAUGGUUUUUGUCAAGAAGCUGGACAAAGGUUAUAUAGUGCAUGGACAUUGCAGCCAAGAUGUGGUAUAGCUCAGAAGCACAUCGAGGGGAAUGUAAUUCAUUUGUCAGUCCAGGGAACCAAAUGUUGCGGCACAAAGCCAUGCUGUCAAAGGGUAUAAGUUUAAUUACAUUUAACAUGCGACAUCUGUUAAGAGAACAAAACUCUUAGUACAUAAUAAUAAGGGUUUGAAGGCAGAGCCCGGAAAUAUCAACUCCAGCUUUCUAUUUAAGUUUGAAUCAAAAGUUUAUAAAUAUAAUGUUUAUUAAAUUUGAAUUAAAUAUUUAGUAUUGAAAAAUGUUAUAUGUACCUAUAACUCGUUUGAUUAGCAUUUAUAAAAUUGUACGGAGUAUUAUAAUUUAUGUGAUUUGAUAUGCA